AAUUUGAAUGUUAAUGACGUUGCCCUUGACACCGCACACCGGUCAUUUGUAGAUAUUAUUCGGAAUUAUCUACUGCGCAUUCUUGUUAUCAUUACUAUUGUUAUCGCCAUUAAGUAUCGCUUCGUCGCGAUCAAUUAAGGACGGCGCUGCGUAGCCGGAAAGGGUCAAAGAUUACGUGCCAUGCUCUCUGUGCACAAUCGGCGCGCCAUUUGGACCGCGUCUAGUGAGUCAACACGUACGAGCAGAGUUUCAACGCGCGUUUACCGCACUUUGUGCUAAAAUAUAAUGGAGCGUAAUACAUAUUCAUCGGAUGAACACGAGGAAAUUGAGGAGAUGCAGGAUGCUUGUUAUACGGACCCUUUUUGCAAUCCAGACGAGCCUCAUGUCAUCCAGUUUGAGGAUAUUACUUCGGCGGCAUUUAAAAUCAAGAGCGGAGUUGUUCUUACCCCUUGUAUUAAAUCACAUCUUUCUGAAAUAACUGGCAUGGAAAUAUUUCUUAAGAAGGAAUUUCUACAGUAUACAGGCAGUUUUAAGGAACGUGGAGCACGUUAUACACUUUUAAUGCUCAACUCUGAACUACGUCGCAAGGGUGUCAUCUCCGCAUCUUUGGGUAAUCACGCGCAGGCUAUCAGUUACCAUGGAUACAAAUUAGGAGUACCUGUCACGGUGGUGAUGCCUAUUGUUGCGCCGAUUAUGAAAAUACAGAAAUGCCGCCAGUACGGCGCCACUGUUGUCGUACAGGGGAAGGAUAUGGCUGAAUCGAAAAAGAUUGCGAUGAAGCUCGCCAAGGAGCAUGAUUACACUUAUAUCAACGGCUAUGACCAUCCACACAUCAUGGCUGGUCAGGGGACGAUUGGAUUGGAGAUUGCUGAUCAGGUGGAUAACAUCGACGCUGUCGUCGUACCAAUCGGUGGAGGUGGGCUCAUUGCUGGUGUUGCCUUGGCUCUAAAAACUCUUCAUCCCAACAUACAAAUAAUAGGUGUUGAAUCGGAAAAAUGCGCUAGUUUUUCACAUGCUGUCAAAAUGGGUAAACCUGCUCAUGUACCAAUCGAAUCCACCUUAGCUGAUGGUUUAGCUGUGCCCAUUGUUGGGUACAAUGCGUUUUUGACAGCAAGGCCACUCAUUGAUAAAAUCGUCACUGUUAGCGAAGAAUAUAUUGCGCUUGCAAUUUUAAGACUGGUUGAAAUGGAAAAGAUUGUUGUAGAGGGCGCUGGUGCAGCUGGUUUUGCCGCCAUCUUGGAAGGUAAACUUAACGACCUCAAGGGUAAAAGGGUGGUUUUAAAUUUGUGUGGCGGUAAUAUAGACACAACAGUAUUGGGUAGGUGUUUGGAGAGAGGACUCGCGGCCGAAGGGAGGUUAUUGAAGGUAACUGUAACAGUCAGUGAUCGACCAGGAGGAAUUGCUGAACUUUGCAAGUUGAUCAGCUCCAUUGGCGUCUCGAUUAAAGACGUUCUGCAUGAACGUGCCUGGGUCACUUGUGAUGUUUUCAGCGUAGAAGUAAAAGUCGUUUGUGAAACAAGAGAUUACGAACAUGCCCAGGAAUUAAAAUGUCUGCUUAAUUCCGUGUACAGAAAGGUAAAUUUUGUUGAUUUCCCGACGGAAAAAGUGUUUGCAUGCAUGGAUUAGACACUUUUUAAUUAAUACAUUUAUACAUUUGUAUAUAAUAACAUAUAUAAUCUGAGAUAUUUAA